CGAAGAAGAAGAGGAAGGAGAAGAAGAAGAAAUGAAAGUUUCCAGAAGAGGAGCCAAACAUAAACAUGGAGCCUGAAAUUCACAACGAAAGCGCCACAGAUGCAAGUGACGGAGACGAGAGUGUCAGCUUCUCCCAGGUCACCGCUGUCGUCACCGGGUGGACGUUGGACUUCAUGUUCGUCAGCCUGUGUCGGAGCUUUAGGGAAGGCAAACUCGAAGAGUUCAACGAAACGCUCUCGGCUUUCGAGGCUCUUUCUCAGAGUCCAGCUAUAAAGGGAACACUUCAUGAGGAGAAGAUCAUGAUAUGUGCCUUCCUUGCGAGAGUCAUCCAUGGAAAGCACCUGGAUGUCCAGUUUGAAGAGGAUGCCCAUGUGAUGCCUCUGAUGUCUGCUGCCAAAGUUUGGUCGAACCUAGAGGACACCGUGGCGGACAGUAGUUUGUUCAAAAACAUGACCAUACUUUUGUUUGUCCAGUCCGUGGCUGUGUGCUUGGAGAAAGGCCAAAGAUCUUCUGCCUCCUCUGCCCUCAAGUGGUUUGAAAAAAACAAUGAAUUCCCACAGAGUUUGGGAAUACGGCUGUCGAAAAUCGUGAAGCAGACGGAAACCUACCACCCGUUCCUCAUGAGCUUCAGCUUCAGCCGCCUCCUAGAGACAGUGCAGUCUUUCUUGGAUACAUUCUUGGAGAAGAACCCCUCUGACUAUCUUCUCAAGGCCGCUACAAAGAUGGUCCAGUCAUCAGAGAACAAGGAGGGCUUGGAGGACGUUGUGACACAGGACAGCUCUCUGUCACAAACAACCAACGAAUCAGCGGAUAGAAAGAAAAAGGAGAACCCUGUAUGUUUGAGAACAAAACGGAAGCUGAUGUCAACUAAAAUUAUAGAUGUAUGGAAACCCGAUACAAUCAAGAAGCCUUUUGUCUCCAUCAGAAGAAUUUCAGAGAAAGAAUUGGCUCAAAUGACAUCAGUGAAGUCAGCGGACACCACGAAUAACAACAAAGCGCCAACCACAAGAAAACGACCUGAGAAGUGGACUCGGGAGCUGGACCUACUCCUCAUGGAAGGUGUUAAACGUCAUGGCAAGGGCAAAUGGUGUCUCAUAUUAAAGGAUUAUGACUUUAAAGGGCGCACCGGCACCAUGCUAAAAGACCGCUGGAGGGUUCUGAUGAGGGCACAUUUAGUCAGCUGAAGAGGGACGGUGCCUUUCUAAUUUGUACAGUGUAACACAUGUAAAUAGAAUUUUGACUCUGAUUAAUUCACUGAGCGGGUGCACUAGUUCAACCCCGUGCAGCCCUCGGCUUAAUUACUGAUGAUGUUCCUUUUUGUUAUGGUUGUAGCUCUCUAAAUCUGUCUUAUUAUCUGUAUUUAAAAAAAACAUGGUAUUGUUUUAAUGUUUGGAUUUCCUCCCACUGGCUGAACUGUUAAAGGUCUUCCUAUAUGUUUUGAGUGUGUUGUGGUCUGCUGCUCCUCUGUUUGCGUCAGGGAAAAUGUCACACCACCAGAGGGCGCUCAACACAGAACAAGUAAUUGGUCUUUCUCCCUCAGUGAUGGAGAACAUUUCGUUUCAUCUUGGUCCAUUUUCUUUUUUCCUUUAAAAUAAUGCCACAGUGCAAGUGUAAAUAUAUUUUUGUAAGUUUUAAAUUUUAAGUUAAAUAUUUUUGCAAGAAAAUUGUUUAAAUAAAUGGAUUCAGCUGUUGCUUGUUCAAAGA